AUGGUCGAGCUGCAGCCUGACGACCACCCACACAUCCAGGAUCUUCUCACAUGGGCCGAGGGAGCGCGCCGGCUAGGUACCGGAGGUGCGGGGCUCGAAACAGAUCGGCCAUUCAUUCCAGUUUCAGAAAUCGAGGCCUACUUUCAGGACAUUCGACCAGUAAAGAAGCUCCUGGCAGCUCUAUUUCCCCAUGACCCUCCCCAGGUGGAUCCUGAGACCAUCCGGAAAAAUUAUGCCAAAGUCUUCCUCAUACUUGUACUUACCGGCAAUGGACGUUUCAUCGUAUCUUUUGUCCGCCAUGACAGCCUGUGCGAUCGAUACCUGCCCUUCACAUCUCGACCUGCUCGUUUUCCACCAUCGACCGCAAACGCUGGAUUCUUCGAAUCGUUCUACCACCGACAGUGGGAAUUCUGCGCCCCAAUCCUUCAAUACGGAAUGAAUGUGCAGUUUGAUGAAAAGGAUUUGAUACUGCCAAUCAUAUAUAAAAAGAAGCUCGGACACGGCGGCAGUUCAAUCGUCCACAAGAUCGAAUUGCAUCCGGCGUAUAAUAAGUUAGGCCGUGAGGCUCCUUCUCGAGAGGGCUCAAACGAUCAGGACACUCACACCUUCGUAUUGAAGACGUACAACACUCCCGAUGCCGAACGCUAUUAUCAGAACGAAGUGAGCGGGUUUCUAAAUCUCAACUAUGUUGGAGGACCCAAUGCCAACAUCAUCGGCUUUCACGGGAGCUUUGUCCGGGAUGGAACAUACAAUGUGUUGUUGGAAUAUGCAGAUAGAGGGACCCUGGAACAAUACUUCGACACUAUCCAACCCCCUUCUAGCGGUGAAGACACCAUAAAGUUUUGGCGCGGAUUGUUCAAGACUUUUGGGGCUCUGGUCGCCAUUCACAGUGUGCAGCCGAGCGACUCUGCAGCGUCAUCCGACGCAUCCAUAUUUCAAGGGUGGCAUCAAGACAUCAAACCUUCCAACAUACUCGUGAAGAGUAAGAACGGAGGAUCAGACUAUGACUGUGAGUUCAAGCUUGCCGACCUUGGGUUGAGCCAUUUCAAAAAACACGUACCGUCACAAGGAGACGCAACCGAUAGAGACACUUAUGGUACUCGCGCGUACGGUGCCCCGGAGUGCUAUAGAGCUGACAGCGACAUCGAGAAAAUUCGCUUUCUAGUAAAGCAGAACGUAGACAUCUGGAGCCUUGGCUGCACUCUCAGUGAGGCAGCAGUAUGGGUCGUUCACGGAAAAGGUGGAUUGAAAGAAUACCGCCGACGACGUGGAAUUGAGACUGCGCGAAUCCCAGGCUUCAGAGAUGGCGAUUGUUUUCACGACGGGCGGGAAGUGCUUGCUACUGUCAUGGGGAUGCACAGAAAUCUCCCUGAUGACAUACGUCCCCGCGACCACGUCUCUGGAGCAACGGUGGACAUGGUGACGAAACAGAUGUUGAUAGAGGCGAACAGUAGGACACAUGCGAAAUCUUUGACUUAUCAAACCAAGAGGAUUUUGGAAGGUGCAGAGUCUAAGCUGAAAAGAUCUGGGUCGUAUACGGGUGCUGGCAGCAACGACUCCAGAACUGGUGCCCAAUCGCCACCUCGCACACCUCCCGAGCCACCGCCUGGACACGUUCAUACUCGUUCCAGCAACUCCCGCAGCCAACACUUACCCUCACACAAAAGCCAUGGUAGUCCAGCGAGUAUAUCGUAUGAUGAGGAUAAGGCUCAUGACCAAGAGCCCGUCGAUGAUUUCGUCGGCAAAAGGGCAUCCCGGCAAGUGCACUACAGCGAUCGGCCGACCCGGCAACAAAGUAUAGGCUUGGUCAGUAAUCCAAGCUAUUCCGAAUCCGAGGACCAAUAUCAAAUCCCUGAAAACCGUUUGAAUCGCGCCUUCACCGAAGUCGAUCUAUCACAAGACAACCCUUCUAGUCCCUCGUGGCAGGAACCACAGAGUACACACCGCAAGCGACGUCGAACUCCAUCUGAUCUGUUCUCGGGUGCUAAUACUAGGAACGGCCCUCAUAUGUUUUCCCACGACCGACGAGAGACCUACGACCUCAAUCAGCGCGAUACACCCACGGCUCCACCAGGAGGAGUGUCAAGAGCUAGUACUGCGACGUUGGUUCAAGAUCGACACAAUGGCUCACGAGGCGGCCAACACCAUCCAAACAUUGGUUCAGGAAUGCAGCACCCCGGAUUCGUAUCAAUUGGUUCAUCCAACGUUCCCCCUCCUAUAGAAACCCGGUCAAGGCAACGCCCUCCUUCUCUGUCUCUCACCGACGCUCAGCAGUGGAAAAAGGACAAAAAGGAGCAUAGACCUGUCAGGCUGCCUCAUGAUGAUCUUCUGGCAGAUCUGAACAAGAGGGAUCACGUCUUUUUGAUCGACAACUCCCUCUCCAUGCGACCUUAUCGUAGAGAAGUGGAGAAUCUUUUCGGGUUGCUUGGAUAUAUAGUCAAGGGGACAGACCCUGAUGGUAUAGAAAUACAGUUCACAAUGUCGCGUGAUAGAAAAGAGAGAGCGAAAAACACUGGUCAGCUCCUACGAACUUUAGAGACAGUGCGAUAUGUUGGCACAUCUAAUAUCAGAAUACAACUGGGGGACAUUUUUCAAGAUUAUCACGACAAAUUAAGGGAUCGAAAACCAACGAGAUCACUAUUCAAACUGUUGAAGUCAGCGCGGCCGGUACGACGCCAGAACUUAUAUAUCUUUACUGAUGGGAUUUGGCAGCCCGGCUGCGACCCAGCCCCAAUGAUCAAAAAGCUGGUGGGCAGCCUCGAGCAGAAUUUUAUGGAGAGAGAACAGUUUGGAAUCCAGUUCAUCCGUUUCGGCAAUGAUCCUGACGGCAUCAAUCGCCUCAAUCAGCUGGACUCCGGCUUGGGCCUAUCAAUGGACAUUGUCGAUACAGAGCAUUCGGAUGGGAACGUCUGGAAGAUGCUUCUCGGCGCGGUCAAUGACUGGUUUGACGACGAUGAUGUCAACGCCGACAGCAGUGCGGUAGCUUCCCCUGUUGUCGAUGCAUCUGCUGGCACGAACGGUCUACAUCACUUUGAAAUGCGACCUAGACACACGUAG